AUGGUACAGAUCCAUUGGUCUGGCUUGCUUGUGAGCUUCUGCUCUUUGCUUUCUCUGAGUGAAGCACAGUCCUGUUGGCGGAACACGACUUGCUCGGGUCCAACAAACAGCGCCUUCAGCGGUGUAUGGGAUAAAAACAUCUAUGCACCAUCAUCGCGAACUGUGCGACCCGCAUCGACUCUCUCCGAGUUGAAAACAAAUGCCAUCACCAAUCGUGGCAAGCCGGCGACAGCAUCUCUGCACGGGAAUGGAUCGCUCGUGGUCUUUGACUUUGGCAAGGAAGUAGGUGGCAUUGUCCAUCUGGACUACACUUCCACGGGCAGCGGAGCCCUUGGUCUCGCCUUCUCCGAAGCCAAGAACUGGAUCGGAGAGUGGUCCGACUCUUCUAAUAGUCUCUACCACGAUGGCGCCUUAUACGCUAAUUUCUCAUCCUCGGGGAAGCAUGUUUACGAUAUGCCCGACCGAUUUCUCCGUGGUGGCUUCCGAUACCUGACAAUCUUCCUUGUUACGGACAGCUCUACGAAUGUGGACUUGACGGAUAUCACUGUGGAACUCGAUUUCCAACCUACAUGGGCCAAUCUUCGUGCCUACCAGGGGUACUUCCACUGCAGCGAUGAACUGCUGAAUCGUAUCUGGUACAGCGGUGCUUAUACGUUGCAAACCAAUGAAGUCCCCGUUAAUACUGGACGUCUUAAUAGCGGAGUCAAAUCUAGAUGGCUGAACAAUGGAACGCUCGGACCUGGUGAUACUAUCAUCGUUGAUGGUGCCAAGCGAGACCGGGCUGUCUGGCCUGGUGAUAUGGGUAUCGCGGUGCCGUCAGCCUUUGUCAGCCUGGGAGACUUGGAUAGCGUGAAGAACGCUCUACAGGUUAUGUACAACACGCAGGCUUCCACUGGUGCUUUUGCUGAAUCAGGGCCUCCACUCAGCCAGCAGGGCUCGGAUACCUACCACAUGUGGUCCAUGGUUGGCACUUACAACUACGUUCUGUACACGAAUGACACGACGUUCCUGCAACAGAACUGGAAUGGCUACCUUGCUGCAAUGAAUUUCAUCUAUGGCAAGGUGACUUACCCCAGCGGCCUAUUGGAUGUCACUGGUAUCCGCGACUGGGCCCGUUGGCAGCAAGGAUAUAACAACACAGAAGCCCAAAUGAUUCUCUAUCACACUCUGCAAACCGGAGCGUCCCUAGCCACAUGGGUCGGGGAUACCACCAAUCUCUCCAGCACCUGGACCGCGCGAGCCGCGGCACUCAAGACCGCAAUUAACACUUACUGCUGGGAUGAUUCAUACGGUGCCUUCAAAGACAACGCCACCGACACCACUCUCCACCCGCAAGACGCCAACAGCAUGGCCAUCCUCUUCGGUGUAGUCGACGCAGACCGCGCAGCCGGUAUCUCCGACAAACUUCUCAAAAAUUGGACUCCAAUCGGAGCCGUUGCUCCUGAAUUACCCGAAAACGUGGUCUCCUUCAUCUCCUCCUUCGAAAUCCAAAGCCACUUCGAGGUCCAGAAACCUGCCCGCGCUCUGGAUCUCAUCCGCCGCAGCUGGGGCUGGUACAUCAAUAACCCCAAUGGCACGGAGAGUACUGUAAUCGAAGGAUACCUUGCCAAUGGAACGUUCGGAUACAGGAGCAGCCGUGGGUACGGCUAUGAUCCAUCGUAUGUCUCGCACUCUCACGGCUGGUCUUCCGGACCUACUUCCGCAUUGACCAAUUACAUUGUUGGUCUUUCGGUGACUUCGCCGCUGGGUCAGACGUGGAAUCUUGCGCCGCAGUUUGCGGAUCUGCAGCAUGCUGAGGCGGGAUUUACGACUUCGCUUGGAAAGUUCCAGGCUUCUUGGGUGAAGGAGAAAGAGGAGUAUACGUUGAAGUUCUCGGUUCCGAAGGGGACGAAGGGGACUUUGACGUUGCCGUUUGUUACGGCGUCGAAGAAGCCUUCCAUUACUAUUAAUGGGGAUCGAGUGACGAAGGGGUUGACGUAUUCUGGGGAGACGGCUACUUUUGGGGUGAUUGGAGGUGGUUCUUUCCAAGUUGUUGUUCGUUGA